GGAGCACGAUAGUGGAUGGUGCACUGCAUCCUGCCGAUGUUGGUGUUGGCGUUUCAGAAACAUUCGGGACCAUUCGAACAUUUCCCAAAAGUUCUAAAUAUUCGCAAACGUUACAAGACGACUACAAAAUUAUUCACUUUUUACUCUCCGCUAAGACUACCCCCAACCAUAAAGUUACUUUCAUUCCAAAGCCCCGACCAGUUAUUUUUCAUACUUUAAACGAUCCAAUACAAAAUAGGAAAUACUUAGUUAUGAAAAGAGAAAAGGGUAUACUCGAUGAAAAUGACUUAAAACAGUACGAUCAUAUCGAUCCUCUAGGUGGAGGGCAUUUACUAGGCAAGCGACAAGAACUGUUUGAUGUUAAAUCUGAUGAGUCCAAUGUGCUUAAACUGUCAGAUUUCUUUGGGGGAAGACAAAAGGGUUUUGACUAUCUUAGUGACGAUAACCUCAUAAAAGAACCUCCUGUUUAUUCAAGAUUUAUGGAUUCACUUGGUGGUGGCCAUCUGUUGAGUUCCAAAAAGAAUGUGGACUCUCUUGGAGGUGGUCAUCUCAUAAAAGGACAACCUGUGUAUUCAAGAUUUAUGGAUUCUCUAGGUGGUGGUCACCUAAUAAAAGAAUCCCCCGUUUAUUCAAGAUUUAUGGAUUCACUUGGAGGUGGCCAUCUUCUGAGUUCCAAAAAGAAUGUGGACUCUCUUGGAGGUGGUCAUCUCAUAAAAGAACAACCUGUGUAUUCUAGAUUUAUGGAUUCUCUAGGUGGUGGUCACCUCAUAAAAGAACUUCCCGUUUAUUCACGAUUUAUGGAUUCACUUGGUGGUGGCCAUCUGUUGGGCACUAAAAAGGAUUUGGACUCUCUUGGAGGUGGUCAUCUUAUAAAAGAACAACCUGUGUAUUCAAGAUUUAUGGAUUCUCUAGGUGGUGGUCACCUCAUAAAAGAACUUCCCGUGUAUUCACGAUUUAUGGAUUCACUUGGUGGUGGCCAUUUGUUGAGCACUAAAAAGGAUUUGGACUCUCUUGGUGGUGGUCACCUCAUAAAAGAUAUUCCUGUUUAUUCAAGGUUUAUGGAUUCACUUGGUGGCGGUCACUUGUUAGGCGCGACAAAGGAUUUAGAUUAUCUAGGUGGUGGCCAUCUCAUAAAAGAACCAUCUAUUUAUUCCAGAUUUAUUGAUUCACUUGGUGGUGGCUAUCUGUUGAACACUAAAAAGGAUUUGGACUCUCUUGGUGGUGGUCACCUUAUAAAAGAAACUCCUGUGUAUACAAGAGUAAUGGAUUCGCUUGGUGGUGGUCACCUCAUAAAAGACAUUCCUGUUUAUUCAAGGUUUAUGGAUUCACUUGGUGGUGGUCAUUUGUUGGGGUCGAAGAAGGAUUUAGAUUAUCUUGGUGGUGGUCACCUGAUAAAAGAACCAAUUAAGUAUUCAAGAUUUAUGGAUUCUCUAGGAGGUGGUCAUCUCAUACGGGAACCACUUUCAUACCCAGUAAUCAUGAAUUUACUUGAUGAAGAUCACAUAUUGAAUACGGUGAAUGAUUUGGAAAAUGACCUAAUCAAGGACCAAACUGUACGAUCUAGACCUACUACGACACCGACCAAAGAACUAUUUUUUAAUACUAAGACAGAUUUUGAUUACUUUUCUAAAACAUACCUUUCAAAAUAUCCGUUUGAUUAUCUUCGUCAGAUAUUUGAACCUAUUCGAACCAAUUCUCAAAAUACAAACCUUUGUACCAAUUGUCCUUAUGGAGGCUUACCAAUAAAUAAAGAAAGUAAACCAACAAAAACCGUAUCAUCAAACUCAAAUGUGUAUCAAGCCAAGGUAUUAAGUGUUAAAGUUACACCUAACAAAGAGCAGAUUAGUUCAGACCCUGUAUCGUAUUCAGAAAGUAAAAAACUCUCUUAUAGUUUUCCUUUGGAAGAAGAAAAUGUAGAAGUGUCACAAACUGAAGCACCUUUCACAGGCGUUAUUGAUGUAAAGAAUCUUGAUAUAUCUAAUCCAAUUACACAAGAACAUAAUCAGUGAAAAGGGUCAAAAUAUUAUCAAUUUUGACAGUGGAAUAGUGUAUGCUGCCUUAUUGUUUGUACAAAUCAUAAGAAAUUUAUAAUAAAGUACUUACUGAAA